CAACAGAAGACAGGAGAUUAGCAAUUCAAUCUGCUCCUGGUCGGGACAGACCUGUCUCCAGUGUGACUGAGACCGGGAGGGUGGGGACCCCCACAUCACCCCAGAGCACACGACAGAACUGAGCCAUGCCUGAGCAGACCACUGAGACAUCAUGGAUAACCUUUCUAUCAAAACAUUUUUAAGUUCUUCGUCAUGUAUAAUGGAGCAAAUACCCAACGCAGAGCUAAAGGUUGUUUCUGAGUCAACACACACAGAACAGAAACGCCCUCUACAGCAAAUGGGCUCCUGAGAGGAAGAUGUCAGUUCCGGUGAAGAGGGGCGAUUAUUUCCGGGUUGUACAGCAACAUGGCGGCGCCCUUAGGUCUGCACCUGGAGUUUGGAGGAGGGGCUGAACUUCUCUUUGAUGGGGUCAAGAAUCAUCAUGUGAGACUCCCUGGCCAAUCAGAUCCCUGUUCAGGAUUGUGGGCUAGCCGAGCUGCAAGGUACAACGAUCGUUACACAACUGAAGAGGCUGACAGCGAUCCAAUUAACCUGAAACAGCCUCUGAUGCUCGACCCCUGCCUCUCGCUGAGAGGCACGCCACACUCUUACAAGCGCACACACUUGCACGUAUUGGUGCUGACAUAUCUGAAAGCUUCAGUUCUGGUGGAAACUUUCCCAUUCGAGAGUAUUAUAUAGACCCGCACUCCUGCACCCACUUGCCCUCUUCUUUUGUCCUCUUACUAAUUUGUCCUGGUCUAAUUACACACGCUUGCAUAGCCAGUUAGCUGUAGCACAACUUUGGAAGCAACUACAUUUACUAAUCAUCAUUUUUCCUCAAACACAUCAGGGGUUUCCCAGCCUCCCUUCACAGGUUCUCUGGUUCUAGUCACCAUUGCCCACCUGAGACCUAAAUGUCCAUCCCUGCUGCUCGAAAUUGAGAUUGAGGUGUCAGUAAAAUCUACCACCACAUGCAGAGUGCGAGAGGACGGUGUUCAGUGUUAAAUGUUGCCAAACGCCUCAGUUAAUGGAACUCCUUUUUAAAAAAAACUUCCCUUAAGGGAUUUACAGCCGAGAUAUAUGCUGACACGCAUAAGAACGCCUACACAUUGCCAGCUAUCCUGUAAUGCCCCUUCAAAUAUGUCCUAGGAUUAUAUAAAAUGAAAUUGCAUUAGAUGUCUUGUGGUAAUAUUUUCAUCCUAUUUAUUUCAACAAUUCACGUAAGUUCUAAAUGUUGUUGUGGAUGUUUAUUCACACAUGGAUGAAACAUAUGCACAGGAUUAUAUUGCAGCAGUAUGGAUUUUUAUUUUUUAUUACUUGUGCAGGUGAGUCCAUGCAUGUGUUCGGAUAGGGUAGACAGAGCAGUAGCUAUUUUUGAUGUUUUUCAAAGCACCGUCUCUGAUGUCACAUUUCCAAUAAGUGUAAUGGCAGAUGUUCAAGAAUACAAAAUACGCUAAGUGUGCAAUUUGCGUGCUCAGCCUUAACAAUGUCAACCACAGCAAACUCGCAAACAAUAAAUUCAGACUCCACCCCAGAUCAAAUGAAAACAUCUCCAUCUCUUCCUUUUUCUUUUUUCUCCCCCCCCUUCCUCACUCUUUCUCCGUCUUUGUCUCCACCACCCCUCUAAGCAGAAAACUGGUACGUUCCAGAAAUGGACACUGAUGAUACAAUGUAAAUGUUGAACAUACCGUUUUGUCCUCCAUGUUGGACGACUAGACUUCAUUGCUUACACACAUGUGCAGAAAUAAAACAGU